CUGGGCCCGGGCUUGCUGGUGCUGCUGCUGCUACUUCUGCUGCUUUUCCUUUUCGGGGUUAACAAUCAAGAUGGUACAUGCUGAAGCCUUUUCUCGUCCUUUGAGUCGGAAUGAAGUUGUUGGUUUAAUUUUUCGUUUGACGAUAUUUGGUGCAGUAACAUACUUUACAAUCAAGUGGAUGGUAGACGCAAUUGAUCCAACCAGAAAGCAAAAAGUAGAAGCUCAGAAACAGGCAGAAAAGCUAAUGAAGCAAAUUGGUGUGAAAAAUGUUAAGCUUUCAGAAUAUGAAAUGAGUAUUGCUGCCCAUCUGGUAGACCCUCUUAACAUGCAUGUUACUUGGAGUGAUAUUGCAGGUCUAGAUGAUGUUAUUACAGAUCUGAAAGACACAGUCAUCUUGCCUAUUAAAAAGAAGCACUUGUUUGAAAAUUCCAGGCUUUUGCAGCCUCCAAAAGGUGUUCUUCUCUAUGGGCCUCCAGGCUGUGGCAAAACUUUGAUUGCCAAGGCUACCGCCAAAGAAGCAGGCUGUCGAUUUAUUAACCUUCAGCCUUCAACACUGACCGAUAAGUGGUAUGGAGAAUCUCAGAAAUUAGCCGCUGCCGUUUUCUCCCUUGCCAUAAAGUUGCAGCCUUCCAUCAUCUUUAUAGAUGAAAUUGACUCCUUUCUACGAAACCGUUCAAGUUCUGACCAUGAAGCCACAGCCAUGAUGAAAGCUCAGUUUAUGAGUCUUUGGGAUGGGUUGGAUACAGAUCAUAGCUGCCAGGUUAUAGUGAUGGGAGCUACUAACCGUCCUCAGGAUCUUGACUCAGCUAUUAUGAGAAGAAUGCCCACAAGAUUUCAUAUCAAUCAGCCGGCUCUAAAGCAAAGAGAAGCAAUCCUCAAACUUAUCUUGAAAAAUGAAAAUGUGGACAGACACGUGGAUUUGUUGGAAGUUGCCCAGGAAACUGAUGGGUUUUCGGGAAGUGAUCUCAAAGAGAUGUGUCGUGAUGCUGCUCUCCUCUGUGUGAGGGAGUAUGUCAAUUCUGCAUCAGAAGAAAGCCACGAUGAAGAUGAAAUUCGGCCUGUGCAACAACAGGACCUGCAUCGGGCAAUUGAAAAGAUGAAGAAGUCGAAGGAUGCAGCAUUUCAGAAUGUUUUGACACAUGUUUGUUUAGAUUAAGAGUAAAGACCAUCUGUACAGUUCACUGUGGCCCAGUUUGAUGUGCCCUCUUGUCAGUGCAAGUAGAAUCAAGGAAGUGUCGUUUCAGCAGUGAGGGAGUCAUGUUUGACACUGGUUUUGUACUCUGAAUUCUAAGUUAUUGAGAUAACGUUAUAUAAACGGUGUUACUACUGUCACAAAUCAUGGGAGGAACAAUUUAAUCCAUCUUGAGUGUGGGUGCUUCUGCUUGAUCUCUUUAGCCAUAUGUUGCAGCCUUAUUGCAUCUAAGCCGGUCUUCAAGUGACAAAGGAGUCACUUUGAGACUUUAGUGAGAAAUAGGGAUGUGAUUUAAGUGCCGGUGUUUAGAUACGUGAGUAUGCGCGUCUGUGUGUAUGAGUGUAUAUUAAUGUAUAUAUUCACACAUUUUAUAUUAACAUUCUGUAGAUAUGUUUGAAUACAGAAACUUUUUUUUAAAUCCAUCAGCUGAAUCCAAGUACCAAGUCUGUACAGCAAAACCAAGAUUUAAGGUUGUGUCUAGAAGGUACAGUGAUUCAGUUAUUGUCAGAUGUCACUUUUUUUUUUUUUUAAGUUAAACAUUUUUUCCCUGUGGUUCAGUAGUUAGAAGCCAGCUGCGUCUGACUACUUCAGAUGGAGCUUUCUUGUUGUGGUUGCCAGGAUAAUAAAAAUACUUUUUCAGUGGUCAGUAUUGACUGGUUGCUGUGUAUCUGUGAGAGUGAUAUCAUUUUAACCUUUUCCUGCAAGCACAAAGAUUUAAGUCCUCUUUCUUAGUUCCUCUAUGUAAAGGUGGACUGAAAGCCCUUCAUGGUAAUGGCUUUGAAAGAGUCCAGUACUAUUCAACACUUGGAUGUGACUUUCCUGUCUUCUCAAAUGUAAGGUAGUUCUGUUGUAACGAUGUUUUUGAAAUGCUUUUUAAAGUUUUAUGUUCUUUUAUUAGGCUCAAAUGCCAUGUGGUCACUUAAAAAAAGAAAGCAUUACUAAAUGUGCUAUCAGUACUCACUUUUAAUAUUUUGUUUUCUUAGAAUAAAUUUGUCCUCAGGUUAGUACAAACAUCCACAUCAAAAUUCCCAUGUUAUAUCUGUAGUCAUUUUGAUGCUGUGCGCUAUAUGUGAAAAAUAUUUUUAUGACCAAUAUUUCACUAGUCAGAAUUUUGUCAUAAGCACUUAACUAAAACACAGCAUGAGGAAAAUGGCACAGUAUGAUCUUGAGGUACAUGCCUUCUGAAUCAGCAGAAAUAUUUAAAUUAUGCUUAAUAUAUUUUGUUUUUAUUCUUUUCUUUGAAAAUUCUUUGUCUUUAAUCUGUUGGAUAGUUUACACUUAAAUUGUGCUUUGAAUGGUGGACGAUACAGGUUGCAGGAAAACUUUGGAUAACAAAAAGCAAGUUCUGAAAAUUGUCAACAUGAUUGAAAAAUUUUAAGUGCAAAACACAAGAUACCAAAAAUAAAAAUUUUAUUUCCAUUUUUAAUAACAGCAUUAUGCUAUUAUUUGAUAAAUUGUAAUAAAGAGAUCCCCCUUUAUUGAUUUUUCUCCAUUCCUUGGUCUUUUUAGUUAUACAGAUUUCCUGGGUUUUCAUUUUCUUUUCUGGUUGACUUGUCUUUGUGGAGCCAGAGUGAUGGUACAGCGGGGAGGGCAUUUGCCUUGCAUGCAGCUGGCCCGGGUUCUGUCCCUGGCAUCCAAUAUGAUUUCCUGAGCACUGUCAGGGGUCAUUGCUAAGUGCAGAGCUAGGGUUAAGUCCUAAGCUCUGCCAGGUAUUACCCCAGAACUUAAAAUAUAAAUAAAUAAAUAAAUAAAUAAACUU